GGCGGUGUAGGGUUUAUCGUCUUCUUUCUCCGUUCUGCAUCAAAAUCUGCAGCUUCAACUACGCAGGUGUUUGCAUAGAAUGGGGAAAACGGCGUACAAGAGGUUGCUGGGAAGCCAGAGCUUCCGGCAACGCCUUCUUCUCGCUACUCUCUCUUCGACUCCCAUUCUCAUCGAAGACAUUCGCGCCGACGAGACUUGGCCAGGUCUCCGCAACCACGAGAUUUCACUCCUCCGUCUCUUCGAAACUGUCUGCGAUGAUUGCCACGUAGAAAUCAACGAAACUGGUACCAAAUUAAAGUACAAACCUGGAACUAUCAUCGGUGGCAGGCAACACCGUGCGCACGAUUGUGGCGUCUCGCGCUCCAUUGGCUAUUUUCUGGAGCCACUCGUUGUGCUGUGUUUGUUUGCCAAACAGCCCCUCACGAUUAGGCUCAAAGGAAUUACUAAUGAUUCUAAGGAUCCAUCGGUUGAUACCUUCAAGUCUACUGCUUUACCCAUAUUGAAGCGCUUUGGAGUUCCCUCUGAAGGCUUGGAGCUUAAAAUAGAGAGUCGUGGAUUACCUCCCAAUGGUGGUGGCGAAGUUGUUUUAUCACUUCCUGUUGUUCAGAGUCUAUCUGCUGUUAGUUGGAUUGAUGAAGGUUUUGUGAAGAAAAUUAGAGGAACUACAUUUUCAACCAGGGUGUCCGUUCAGUUUGAAAAUAGCAUGAUUAAAGCUACUCGUGGAAUCAUCAAUCCUUUGGUUUCUGAUGUGCACAUUUUCUCUGAUCACAGAUCAGGUCCUCAGGCUGGAAAUUCUCCUGGCUAUGGGAUUUCGCUUGUUGCGGAAACUACUUCUGGUUGCUUCAUCUCUGCAGACACUGCUGUUUCUCAUUCCAGGGAUGAUGAUACUUCCAGCCUUGCAGAUGACUCAAAAAAAGACCUGAUGCCUCCAGAGGAUAUUGGUGUGGGGACUACCAAUGCUUUACUUGGUGAGAUAGCUCAAAGUGGAGUGGUAGAUUCAACACAUCAGGGCUUGCUAUUUCUUCUUUGUGCACUGUGCCCUCAAGAUGUUUCAAAGGUUCGCGUUGGAAAACUUUCCCAGUACGGGGUUCAAACUCUUAGAAACAUAAGGGAUUUUCUAAAUUUGAAGUUCAUUAUCAAACCAGAGCCGAACUCACAGUCAGUUUUUCUCAAGUGUGUUGGUUAUGGCAUGAAGAACCUUUCUCGAAAGGUAUCAUAAGGCGCGUUCAACAGUGUUAUAAAUCCAAAAUACAAGUCUGAAAGAAUUGUAAUUUUGAAGCUACUGCUACUUUGACACAUGGAAAAGGUCUCAGCAGCAGCUUCAAUAUGUAAUAUUAUGCCAGUGAUCAUGAUGUACCCUUCUCCCGAAUGAAUUAACAGGUGAAAUUCAGAUUCAAUUGUAACCCA